AUGCAUCCUCAACCAGUUACAAGUAUGAAGUCGCCCUUAUUGCUCCGCUAUCCCACAAUCAUUGUCUUUGGAAACUCUGGAUCAGGCAAGUCCACCUUAGCCAGAAAUCUCGUGUCCAAGCAUCCGGAAUGGCCUCAUUUGGAUCUGGAUACCAUUGCCUGGUGUCACAAAGAUGACCAAUCUGUUCCGAAACGGAAACCGCACCACAUUGCUACACAAGAACUGGAUGAAUGGAUUAUGGCUCAGCAACAACCUCCAGAGUUGUGGAUCAUGGAAGGAUGUUAUGCCGAUCUCUUGAGCCACGUCGCUCCCAAGGCCACAUUGGCCAUCUACCUCAAUUUGCCCAUUCUCACGUGCCAAGAAAAUGCCAAGGCACGGCCAUGGGAACCACACAAGUACCCACAUGGCAAACAAGAUCAAGAUGCGAAUCUACCCAUGCUAUUGGAUUGGAUUGCAGACUAUGAGCAUCGUAGCAAAGACAGUGACUUUUCCAAGCAUGCUCAUCAGGCAUUGUUCGAUUCCUUUGACGGCAAGAAACUGGAAAUCACUUCAAACUGGAGUCCUCAAGAUAAUAGUAUUGAACAAACUCUUCUCUCGUUAAAUUGA